AGUCAAAGAGAGUGAGAAUUAGGGUUUGUUUGAGGAGGAGGGAAUUGUCAAGGAAUCCAUCAUCAACAUUUCAUUCAAGUGAAGAAGUGAUGAAUUUAAGGUUUGAGCUGGUUCGUGGUUGGAGAGAUUAUUAUUAUGAGAUGGUGAUGAUGAAUGGAGUAUCCAGAGGAGGAAGGUUUUGGAAGAGUGGCUUGAUUUGUGGAGUGGUGGCUAUGGCUGCCAUGUUCGGAUCACUCCUUUGGUUGACAAGUUCUUUCGAUUCUCCUCUAAGGAUUCUCGUGGAUACAGAUGUUGAUACCGAUGAUGUUACUGCUCUUUUGUAUCUUCUCAAGCAACCUUCUUCCCUCUUUCAUCUCCAGGCAAUAACAAUAAAUGGGAAUGGAUGGAGCAACGGUGGACAUGCAGUGAACCACCUAUACGACCUGUUGUUCAUGAUGGGGCGAGACGACAUCCCAAUUGGUGUCGGCGGAGAGGGCGGCAUUUCCCCUAACGGUACUAUUUCCGCCCAUGUCGGUGGCUACCUGCCACUUAUUGAUCAGGGCAUGUCGACGGCAGGGCAAUGUAGAUACAGACAAGCGAUUCCAGUGGGAGAGAAAGGACGCCUCUAUGCCGAUACCAAUUUUGGUUUACGCAGAGCCUUUCUUCCUCAGGGUAAGAGGAGAUAUAUUCCUAUGAAACAACCAACUGCACAGCAAGUGAUGAAAGAUGCAAUCUCUGCAGGGCCUACUACAGUUUUUGUAAUGGGAGCUCAUACAAACUUGGCUAUAUUUCUUAUGACAAAUCCUCAUUUGAAGAAAAAUAUAAAGCAUAUAUAUGCCAUGGGGGGUGCUAUUAGACAAACUUGCUCGCCUAAUGCUGAUAAAUCUCAUGGGAAGACAUGCAACAAUAUUGGGAACUUGUGGCCUCCAAAUGAAAAUCCAUAUGCUGAGUUCAAUAUAUUUGGAGACCCUUUUGCUGCCUAUACGGUGCUACAUUCUGGAAUUCCUGUUACUCUUGUUCCUCUAGACGCAACAAGUACAAUUCCUGUGGAUAAGAAAGUAUAUUUGGCAUUUGAACAGAGACAAAACACAUAUGAGGCUAAAUAUUGUUUCCAGUCCUUGAAAAUGGCUCAUGAUACUUGGUCCGGCGGUGGAUUUUUUGAAAUGUAUUCGAUGUGGGAUUCUUUUAUGGUUGGUGUAGCUUUGGCCCAAAUGCUUAAUCUGGACAGAGGGGGUGGAAAUAAUGCAUAUUCAAAGAUGGAAUAUUUAAAUAUCACUAUUGUUACAUCAAAUGAACCGUAUGGGAUCUCCGAUGGUUCAAAUCCACUCGUUGAUGGUCGUUUAAUCCCAAAAUUUGGCGUCCAGAAGAAUGGGGUGCACAGUGGCCAUGUUCAGACAGGAAUGCUAGAUCCAUUCUGCCUUGUUUCAUUUGAGAAGGGCAAGUGUAAGGAUGGCUAUACAAAGGAGGCAGAGGGCUCUGAAUCUGUUGAAGUUCUGGUUGCUGUGUCGGCUAAGUCAUCUCUCAACACCAACACCAUAAUUGAUAAAGCGUUUUAUUUAAGCUUCCUGGAUGCUCUAAAUAGUCCUCGCCAAUCAGGGAGGUUUGAUUUUAGAGCUCAGUUUCCUAAGUAUAAGGAAGUACUAUAUAGACCAAAAAUUGGAAAGAAUUUGCUAGGAAAGCCAGUUAUUUUUGACAUGGAUAUGAGCACAGGAGAUUUUCUUACUCUUCUCUAUCUCUUGAAGACACCAGUUGAAAUCAUCGAUCUAAAGGGAAUAAUAAUUAGCCCAAAUGGAUGGGCCACGGCUGCAACAAUAGACAUCGUAUAUGAUGUAUUACAUAUGAUGGGUCGUGACGACAUUUCAGUUGGUCUCGGCGAUGUAUUUGCCAUUGGAGAAGCACAUCCAUCAUUCCCUUCUAUUGGAGACUGCAAGUAUAUCAAUGCCAUUCCUCAUGGUAGCGGUGGGUUCUUGGACUCCGAUACACUUUAUGGAUUCGCUCGAGACUUGCCUCGUAGUCCUAGAAGAUAUACAGCUGAAAAUUCAGUAAAGAUUGGAGCAUUUAGAGACACUGAUCACCCUGGUCUCAGACAAAUGUCUGCAGUUGAUGUUUGGACAGAUGUUGUACAAUCUCUAGAUCCGGGGGUGAAAAUUACCGUUUUAACGAAUGGACCUUUGACGAAUCUCGCUCAAAUUAUACGUUCUAGAGCCAUAAGCUCAAGGAUUCAGGAGGUAUACAUUACUGGAGGACAUAUAAGUUCUAGAGACGAGGGAAAUGUGUUCACUAUACCUUCAAAUGAAUAUGCAGAAUUCAACUUUUUUCUCGACCCGACGGCUGCAGAAUUGGUUUUAGGCUCGGGAUUGAACAUUACACUUAUCCCAUUGAACACGCAACGAAAUGUAAGUUCUUUCUCUAAGAUCCUCGAAAAGUUGAAGCAUGGAAACAGAACUCAUGAAGCACGGUUCGCUCGACGUCUACUCUUCAGGCUGUAUCGCCUUCAGCAGAAGUAUAACCAGUACCAUCAUGUGGACAUGUUCUUAGGAGAAGUGGUUGGGGCAGUGAGCUUAGGUGGAAGGCAUCGGAAUCUGAAGGAAGCAUUCAGAUUGAAGGCUGUAAAAGUAAUCACAGAGGGAGGUGAAUCAAAAGUAGGGCAGACAAUUAUAGAUGAGAAGGAAGGGAAGUGGGUGAGGGUUUUGGAGAGUGUCGAAGCACUUGCAUUUUAUGAACAUCUUGCAAAUGCAUUGGCUGAUCAAAACCAAACCGCUGUUAUUGGAAGCUUUGAGGAACAGAAGGCUCUGUGGAGUGCCUAAGCUUUAUAAAAUGUAUCUAUAUUCUUGGUUAAGUGGUGAAAUGCAUAUUUGCUUUUGUCAUGGGGGUAGAGUGGGAAUUUUUCACAUUAGCUGAACCGAGAAUGAGACGAUUCUCUCCUCAUUUUUGUUUUAUAAAAUCUCUAAGAAGU